AAAUAUUGUAAAUAAACAAUAACUAUUAUAUUGUUAAACAAACAAAAUGAUAAAAUUAUUGCAAUUAUUAUUAUUCAUAUUAUAUUUUAAUAUGAUUAAUAUGAUUGAUACAAUUUCCCUGUGUAAUGAACCCAACACUGAGUGGAAAGUUAGAGGAACCAAUUGCGGUAGAUUUUGCGCUGACCUACAAACAGAUAAGGUUAUUGAAUGUCCGGAAUGGCGUAACACAAUUGGCUGCUUCUGUAAGGAAGGCUACUAUCGAAACAAAGACUUAAAGUGUGUGAACCCGGAUGAGUGCGGACAGGGUUUGAAGGGUCAGUCUAAUGUUGUGCCCGUAAAACAAGAUGAUUCCAAUGCUACCAAUUCUCGCAUACCAACCAACAAUCCCGAGAUUGUUUGUCCYGUUAAUGAAAUAUACGACAACUGUUCCAGCAGAUGCCUUGAACAUUGCGACAGACAGAAAGAUCCGAUCGCCUGUCCUAUUAAGUGCGAUGAGGGCUGCUUUUGUAAGGGAUCACGACUCAGGAGUAGAGAAGGAAAGUGUGUUCUUAUGCAAGAAUGUGAAGGAUAUGAUAGUAAAGACAAAUGGGUUGAUGACAUCAAAAAACAAAAACAAUGUCCAUUUGGUGAGGUAUUUGAAGAGUGCUCCGAUCGAUGCAAAGAGAUGUGUCCAUCGGUUAAGGAUUCGUUUGGUCGGGUGUUGUCGUGUACUCGUUGUGAACCGGGAUGUUUCUGUAUUGAUGGAUAUAUGCGCACUAAAGAUGGCAAUUGUGUUGACCAUCGAAAAUGUGAACGAAAAGGUGUUGUCUAUAAAGUUAUUUCCAGUAUUCUUAAUGUUAUUUUACCGAAAUGGUCGCAAUAAUAUAAUUAUUAAUAAUUUGAUA